AUGUCUCUUCCCACCAAAAAGAUACCACGGGAAUAUUACGAGACACGUUUGCUCAUAGGCUGUGGUGUCUCGACAUGCCAAAACACGUUCUGCCGUUCAUCCCCACAAUUUCAAGAUCCGGUCGACCUCGACAUGAUAUACACACAGCAACCCCCUCUCUGUCACUUAUGUUGUAACUUAGAACGUCUCAAGUCAUUGACCACAGCAGCGAAAGUAGUGUUAACGCAUUUAGUUGAGGAGCUCUUUCAAUCUUCCGAGUCGAUCAUCUCUUCCUUCACAAAUUCCAAAGGGGACUUCGACUUACUUCAGGCGUUCGAGUUCUGCGACUUCAUCUUGAAAACGUCAUCGCCGCUCUACGACGCCGUAUUAAAAGGCCACAAACUGUUUCUCGCCAAAGUCAAGGAAAGUCAACAGCCGAUCGAGGCGAUAGUAGCGACGCUGUGUUCGGAGGUCUUUGCGGAAGACGACUCGAUGGGCGAAUUUUGCUCAGUAAUUAAACGUGGCCCGUUUUUGGCGCGCCUUCGAGUUUUCUUGUCAAAACAAGAGAAAGAGGCCUUCUUGUGUUUCUUAGGAAAUAUGGAGCAGUUCUUAUCCGUCCAAUCCAUCUUAAUGAAAACUAAUGAUUUUGCCAUCUUUUCUGCGUUGGAUGUGAUGAAAGUGUUUUACGCGGUCAAUGCGGAGAAGAGUUAUGUCGACGAAGACAAUUUCUAUAAUGAAGUUGUCGCGAACGCACGCCCCUUUCCAAAGGACAUUCAAAGUUUCUAUACAAACCCAGAAAAGAGUCUUUUGAAGUUCCCUUUUGUCAUCCCCGUCAAUUACAAAAUGAAAUUUUUACACCAAGAAGCUAAACAAGAACAAGAGCAAAGUACAAUGCAAGCACUCAGAGAAACUAUUGCAAGAGGACAACAACAAAACAUGAAUCUCAAUAUCACUAUUAGAAGAGAUCACGUCUUAGUCGAUUCUUUAAAUCAAUUGGUCGAAGCUAACGUCGCCGAUCUCAAGAAACCUCUUCAUGUCAAAUUCGAAGGGGAAGAAGGACUUGACCAUGGCGGAGUGAGAAAGGAAUGGUUCCAAUUGGUCACACGUGACAUAUUCCAACCAAAUAAUAACAUGUUCGUCUACAAUGAGAAGACUCGAAUGUGUUGGUUCAACUCGACUUCACAAUCCCUCAACGACUACAAAUUGAUCGGAACACUCUUCGGACUCGCUAUUUAUAACGGCGUCAUUUUGGAGGCAAAACUCCCUUUGGUCGCCUAUAAAAAGAUGCUUGGGAUCACCACGCAAAUGAACGACUUAGAAGAGAUUCAGCCCGAAGUGUUAAACAGUUUUAACUUCCUUAAGGACUAUGCUAAGAAUGAUAUCGAAGAAACAAUGUGUCUAACUUUUCAACACCUCGAAGAGAUCAACGGGCAGGUCAAGACUAUCGACUUGAAACCUAACGGAGGAGAGAUUAUGGUAACACAAGAAAACAAAUUGGAGUACAUCCAACUGAUGACGGACUACAUACUAAAUACUUCAAUUGAAAAACAGUUCUCCGCUUUCAUCUCGGGUUUCAAAUUGGUCUUCAACAGUCGUCUUCUCACUAUUUUCUCGCCACGGGAAUUACAGUUGUUGGUCUCGGGUAGCGACGUAUUCGACUUCUACGAGUUAGAGAACAUGACAAGGUACGCGAAUGGGUUUAACAAAGACACACCUGUCGUCAAAUGGCUUUGGGAAAUACUACACGAAUACCCCAUCGAUCUGAAAAAGAAGUUCCUCUUCUUCGCAACAGGUUCUGACAGAAGUCCACCCGGCGGAUUGGGAAACCUCAAAUUCAUCGUCGCGAAGCACGGCGACGCAUCCAGACUCCCGACGUCAAGUACGUGUAAUAAUCUCUUCCUGCUCCCGCCAUACGAGUCAAAGGAGGAGCUUAAAGAAAAGCUCACCUUUGCAUUGAAUAACACUAAUGGAUUUGGAUUAGUUUAA